ACCAGUACUUCUAAAUCGACGCAUUGGUGUUAUUCGUCCUUAUGAGAGGGAGUAAUGAACACAGAGUUUUAUUCACCGUGUUGAGCACCGACUUGGUUGGAAGAAAUGUCCCGACGAUUUUGUAGGAACGAGUUAAACAGGAGUAGGCUGGAACCAUGGCGCUUUGUUGUACUAUUUUCAUGUUCUAGUUUGAGAUUUUUCCUCAUUGGGCUGUUGAAAUCGUACGGCGUCAUCAUACCAUUUCUUGCAGUUCAACUAAAGACAAGUCAUGCAACAAUAGGCUUUAUCAUCACAUCACAACUCGCAGUAUUAUAUCUCUUGGCUCCGCUAUCUAACCUACUCAUCCAUAGACUGAAUGGCAGGUUGGUAACUGUUUGUGGUAGCUUCAUGUCCGGGUUAGCUCUGGUAGCUACAGCAUUUGCCAAAACAGCUUGGACCAUGGGACUAUGCAUGCUCAUAUCAGGUUGUUGCUAUUCUGUAGUAACGGAUUAUAUCGUCAUCAUUUUGAAACAGCAUUUCAAGAACUCCUUUGGUUUCGCGAAUACCGUAACGUACGCUGGGUCUGUAAUAGGAUCUCUGAUUUUGCCCCUUUUGACAAUGGAACUCUACGUUGCGUAUGGACUAUACGGAACUUUAUCUUGCCUGGGAGCUAUCAGUUUAAAUAAUGUUCCACUAUCCAUGCUAAUGAGACCACCGAAAACAGCAGAGCUGUCGGGAAGGGGAAGCUUGCAAGAAAGAGAAAAGACAAGACCUGGUUCAAUGUGCCCCGACUCGUCCCUACUAUCAAACUCCCAAGGAAAUGCAGGAAAAGAGGUAGUUACAGAAUGUUCGAGAAUUAUGGACCGAGAUUCAUGGAAACAUCCGGAGUCACGCGUUACAUCUUCAAGUGUCCUUGGUGAACCAACGGCAAAAUACAAGUCCGGCAAUACUCAUUCAAAUCUGCGAUUUGCUAUUAGAAGCGUGAGUCGUUCUACAACAUCUGAGACUCUGCAUUUCAUUGCGAUUAACAAACCAUCUACGUCUUACGGGAGUGAAUCGAGUAAUGGUGAGAUUGGCAAUACUUGUUUACGAAACAUCAACAGGUCUCAUGCUCGUCAGGAGAUGACCGAGGACGAUUCGUCGUCAAUCGAAGAUGAUGACGGAGAGCACUUGGUAUUGCUGAACUCGCCAAACGACGCGUCGAGCACUAAAUGUGGCGAUAUUGACAGUUACGUAAAUCAAAGACACAUCGAGACAAAAGGCGAGACAGAAGGCCGUUACCAAAGACUCAAGAAGUGUAUUCUUGAAUUUCUCCUCGAGACCAUAUCGUACGAAUCCAUAAAGGCAGAACUGCCAUUCAGCCUCACUGUCCUACCUUCUCGAGUUCUCCUGGACUUAACCUUUAUCGGUUGGCUAAUCUUCAUGGUAUCUUACGCGAUCUCUGUAGGCAUCCAUGCAUCCGAGGCCGUGUAUCUUCCAGUUGCAGCAUCUGCUGGAGGACUGGCAAGUCGGAUAGGCACCGGGAUCCUUAUACUGUGGCGACCGCACUGGAGUCCCACGGUUUAUGCUUCGCUGACGAUGCUGUCGGCAUUGUCGCUCUUCGCCUACACCAUUGAUUCUUCGCUCAUCAAUUUGCUGUUUUGUUCAAUUCUAGCAGGAUUUGGCUUAUUUGGUGCUACGGCAAUAUAUUUCGCAAUGUUGGCUGAAAUGGUUGAUGAGAACCAUUUUGCGGGACUUGUCGCUUUGUCGUAUUUCUUUACCGGUAUAGGAAACUUUCUCUCCGGCCCAGUCACAGGGCUGAUGUUUGAUAUCACAGGAAGUUUCCCGUUCGCCUUUCGGAUUUUGGGAUCUCUCAUGGCUAUUAUAAGUACCAUCACUUUCAUGUACCUUUACCAUGUCUACUGCCGUGCUAAAAGCCAACAGCACCAAAGUCGUUAAUUGAAUUAUUGAGACAAAAAUGAGUAGAGCUCAUAUAUUUACUUACAGAUCUGGGUCGACGUAAUUCCUGCGAGCAAUCCCCCCAGUGACAACGACGAUAGUGGCUGGUAAUCCUGUUGGAUAUUAAAAAAAGUCGAAAAUAUUUUCUAUUAGAAUUAUCAUAGAUGUAUCCCAAAAAUGAAGGUGGGUGUGAAAAGCAAAGAAAACCGGAUACAAACGCGGCAUAAGGAUAAUGGAAGAAGUGGAAAGGGGGCUUAUACCAAUGUCCGUCCCUUUCAUUACAAUCAUUUUCAUUAUUCCUUGAAUGCAUGAGCGCUGAGAGGUAGCUCGAGCUAAAGCCGGGGUAAUAAUUAUAAUAACAACGCGCCUCGGAAUAGAAUAUUUCUAGAUAGAUGGCGCUAUAUAAAUGCCUAUUAUUAUUAUUGUUAUUAUUGAUUAUCAUUAUCAGUUAUCUCAUUAUUUCAUACAAUUAGCAUUAUAAUCAAUAUUGUCCUUGAUUUUACUGAUAUGGUACUUUUUUCUUCCCCUGAUGUACUAGGAUUUUGAUCAUUAAUACACGGUGUGAAUAUUGAUCUUCACCUAUUCACCAAGAUGGCCAACGUCGUCUAUUCUAUUGACCUUAAUGUAUAUCUGAUCUAUUAUUCAAGCUUGGUUUGCAGCAAUAAUUAUUUUAAAAAUUAACAAAUUAUUGUAUAAUUGAAGAUACGCAAAAAACUGACACCCAAUUUAUCCGAAAAGAGGUAAUAGCUUUUGUCAACACAUACAUAAAAUGGAAGAACGAUAAUUACCCCAUGCAACGAGAGAAGCCUUUGCCAUAAAGCCUGGGAUCCUUGCAUUCAAGACCUUUAUAAAGAGUUGGUACAUGUUAACACCUUCAACGCCCAUCCAUACAAGAGAUGUCAGUGUGAAGUACUGAAUCAGGGCAGCGAGGCAAAAGCACCAUAUCUCAACAUCCUUCUCAUCGCCGAGGUCGACUUCGGAUUCGACAACGACGAGCCGUUGUUGGUUGAGUAUGACUACCAUGAUGUAGGUGACGUAGAGGAAGAGCAGAGACAGACAUAUGCUCAUAAAGAUCUGAUUGGGUUGCUUCUGACGAAGUUUUCUGGUGUUUGAGAGAAAAUAAACGAUUGU